AUGAAGAAGAUAAAUUCUCUAUUGAGGAAGUGCAAGAGCCUGUCAAGGCAACUGGGGAGGUCCUCUUCAUACAGCAGCCUCAGGUCCAAAUCCACAAGAGAAGAUCUAUGGAAUAUUUGUGGAACAAAAAUGGAAGAAGAAGAAGAAGAAGAAGAAGAUCAUCAACAACAACAGCUUGAAAAGGUGAGGGGCAGUAAUGUAAUUAUGUAUGUUGGAAGCACAAGAAAAAAAUAUGUAAUAAGUUCAAAGUUCUUGAGCCACCCUUUGGUAAAUGCUCUGAUUGAUAAAUCCAAAUCCAAAUCCAAAUCCAAGUCUGAGGAUUGUGAAGCCAUUUCAGUGAGGUGUGAAGUUGUUCUGUUUGAUCAUCUCUUGUGGAUGUUGGAAAACUCUGAUCCAAACAUCACUUUUGAUUCUAAUUUGGAGGAAUUGGCUGAUCUCUAUGUCUUUUGA